GGCGCAGGGGCGAAAAACCAUAAGAUCACUAAGUAAUGAAGAACUGGAUGAGGAGGUUGUGAACGUUUCUUCUCCAAGCAAGACGAAGCCAAAAAGUAUUACAACUUCUAGACGUAAAGGGUUGCAAGAGGACACGCCCAAGGAGGAGGUCGUGCGCAGGAAGAGCAGCAGGUCGCGCACUAUGAGCACACACUACGUGAGUGUUGAGUGUCGACAUCGCAGCCCGAAGAGUCGUCGGCGGUUGAAGAAACCGACGGAAAUCAAACAGGAACCGGCAGAAGAAGUGGUUUUGGGGCCUGUUUCCCCACCAAAGUCAGUAAAACCUCCCCCAUCCAUUUCGUCCUUCAAAAAGAAAUCACCCAAGAAUCAGAGCAGACCUAAAAUGCGCAAGUCGGUACGGGUCAAGACCGAAAAAGUGGAUCCUGUGACUCAAUCGUUGUCAGAGCUCCCGUCGAUCAGCGAUGACCUGGACUAUAUCCAGCAGAACAUCAAGCAAGAAGCGGAUGAAGAGGAUCGUCCGAGAAAGCGGGGGAAGAAGAGAAACUUCCCGGCUCACGAGGGACACAAGUGUGAGUUCUGCGGAAGGAUCUACAAGUACCGCAAGGGGAUGUUGCAGCACCAGAGACUCGAGUGUGGUCAGGACCCCCAGUUCCCUUGUCCUUACUGCCCUCUGAAGUUUCCGGUACCGACAUCUCAUCAGGAACCAUGUUUACACAGAUCACAACCAGGCAUUCAAGCACUGGUACAAUGUCUUCUACACCGCCUCUAAACUGCCGAGGUGGCCGGACAAAGAUAAACCCAAUGUCUGAUUACCUUUUGUACAAUCUUUGUAAAUGGCUGAGUCAUUAUCAAUUUUAUUUUGUUAUGUCAAAUGACAGGUUCAUGAUGGCAUUAGUAACCAUUGUGUAAUAGUGAACAGCAUAUGUCUUGGCUUGUAUUUAAAUUUAUACUUGUUUUAUUGUAACAAGGUUCAUGUAUUAUUUGUAUUUUUGUGAAAAUAAUAUGUAAAAAUUGUGGCCAUUCCACCAAUAAAUAUAAUUUAUGAAGCUUAGGCUGUGUUUCAAAGAAACAUUUCAUAGUUAUUCAAGAUUGGAAUGUAUUGUUUAAAGAAAAUUAUUGACCUCCGAAUAAUUUUGUAGUCUGUGUAAUUCCUCAGUACCGUAUAACUUUAUUUAAUUUAUACAAAUUCUCACAAGUUCUGAAGUGCUGAAUGCAAGAAAAUAUUCACUGAGUUCUCAGUAGAGUAAUGGAAUUACGAUUUUGUUAAGUAACCAUGCUAUUGUUUGCCACAGUGAAAAUAAAGGUCGUUAAAUACCUUCUUUAGCAUUAGGGAUUCAUACAAUCUGUUAGGUGUCAGUUUGUUUUACCACUGUGCUGUUAAUUGUUGUGUACUAAUCAGUUUGGUUGUGUUUUGUAGCUAUGCAAUAUACCUUUUACCAUUGUUUUCAUGUUAUAAUUUGUAAUAUUUAUUUUAAAUGGCAUGUUGGCACAUUAAUAGUAUAUAAUGCACAGUAAUUGUGUGGUAUGUUUAAUUAUCUCAAAGUUUAUAUUAUGAUUUGUUUGCACCAAUUUAAGCUAGUGAAUUCAUGGGUGAUUUUAAAUAAGAUAGUAUAAAGUUUUUUAUCUCUUUGAAGUAUUAAGUAUGUGCGUUUUCUUUUUCUUUUAGUGUACUUAGAUUAUCUAACCAGUAAGCAGAUAAGUAGCAAAUGUUAAAUGUAUCAAUUGGUAGCUGAAUGUCCAUCAGUAGUAAUUCACCCUCAAAAUAUUAUUUUAAAUAAUAUUUUUUUACUAUGACAUCAAUAAAUAUUGCCCUUAGAACACUGGGUAAAUUAGCAUAAAGAUAAUUAUAAUAUUUACAUUUAAAUUUACAAGCAAUGUAUAGUGAAUAUGUUAUUAUUACUUUACUCCAGUUUGUAUUGUAUUCUUAAUCUCAUAUAUUUUGUUGUUAUAAGUAUGGGUUUUAUCCUUUCCAUUGUAUGUCUCUUUACCUCAAUUUUUGUUUGGUAACUACACUGUCCAUACUAUACUGAACAUUGUAUCAAUUGUAUCUUAUAAAUUGUUGUGCAAUA